AGUAUUGAGCAACAAAAUACCAAGACCAAGAACACACUUAUCAAGAAUAUGAAGUAUUUGGGUUUGAAAACCUUAAAGAAACUGUGAACAUCUAUACCUUAUUCUGGGAAUUUUCACUGCUCUUUAUCCAUUUAAUUAAAACAUAAGUCAAGGAGUUACACAAGACCAUGGGAAAUCAACAAAGCUAAUAGGUACAGGUACCGUACUCUAGAAUAUAUGAUAAUACUAUAUACAGCAUGUUGGAAUUGGGUACAGGUAACCCUCAACUUACAACACAAUUGAGGUCAAAAUUUCUGUUGCUAAGUGAGAGAGUUGUUAGUUUUGCCCAUUUUACAUCUUUCUUGCCAUAGUUGUUAAGUGAAUCACUGCAGUUGUUAGCAAUAUAGCUGUAAAGUAAAUUUGGCUUCCUCAUUGACUUGUCAGAAGGUCGCAAAAGGGGUCACAUGAACACUAAAACCACCAUAAAUGUGAACCAGUUGGCAAGCAUCUGAAUUUUGAUCACAUGAUCAUGGGGAUGCUGCAACAGUUAUGUUAAAAAGUCACAAGUCACUUCUUUCAGUGCCGCUGUAACUUUGAACAGUCACUAAAUGACCUGUUGUAAGUUGAGGACUACCUGUACAGUUCUUGGCUCACACAUAGUUAAGAAUCACACUUUAAAAAAUAAAAUAGUACGGUCACCCUGAAGGCAAUCCUAAAGCAAUGUAAACUUGGAAACACUGAAAUCAAUGUGACUUACUUCUUAAUAAACAUGUUUGAUGCUUGAAUGCAGAUGGCCAGGCAGGGGGUGCCAGCAUUAUUUUCUUAUUAUAUCAAUCAGCAUGGGACCUUAAUAUUCUGUAGGGCAAAUGGUUUCUAGCUACAAUACCUUUCCCAGCAUUACACUAAAGAAAUGGGAAGUCAGGAGGUAGCAAUUUGGCUAGCCAUCAAAAGCCCCAUCCCCAUAAUCAGGUUAUAAAUGUACCACAGGGUUCUCUUUCUUCUUAGAUUAAGUGGGCCUGCUGCAUUUUUCGAUCUACAUACUUGCAAUUCAACCUUCAAGAAAAAAAAAUCAAUCUCCCUGGAGUCUAAAGUGUUGGUGAUGGUGUUGGACUUCCAGAGGAAGAGAGGAACCUGCUCCACUUUACAUUGAGGGGGGCUGUGUUUCAUCCUUUAAAUUCCUGGGAGUCCAUCUCAGUGAAGACCUCACCUGAAAGACCUCACCUGGAAAAACAACACAAUCCAGGUGGCCAGGAAGGCCCAACAGAGACUCCUUUUCCUUAGGGUCUUGCGUAAACACAGGGUGGAACAAUUGAUGACCUCCUUUUACCGGUCCACAAUAGAAAGCAUCCUCACUUUUUGCAUCACAGCAUGGCAUAGAAAAACAUUACAGAGGUGAGCACAGCACAAAAAAUUGUGGGCUGUCCCCUGAUACCACUAGAUGAGAUCGUUAGGGCUCGUUGCCUUAGAAGAGUAAGGAAAAUUCUCAGGGAUGACUCUCACCCUGGUCAUCACUUCUUUACCCUCCAACCAUCAGGAAGGAGAUAUAGAAGUAUAGCCAGCCAUACAAAAAGGCUGAAGAACAGUUUUUAUCUGUGGGCUGUCAAGACUCCUGAAUGAGAAAUAACAUCAUAACUAUGUAUUAUGAUGAACUGCAGGGCCGGCGCAAUGUGUAACAUGUUCACAUUGGUGAAAUAGGACUGGGGGUUUUGUUAAUAGGAUUUAUUGGGUUAGGGAUUUUCUGUCUUCCCUGUGAGCUGUAUUGUGUUGGAGGGGGUGCACUAAGAGAGCUCAACCAAUCUCAUUACACGUACGUUGUGCACCGACAAUAAAAGAUUUGAACUGAAUUGAAUUGAUAGACUUUUUUUUUAAUAAAAAAACAACAACUCUCCUUCAACCCAGCUGCCCCACUUUUUUCCGGCCAGUUGUUCAGUUUAGCGUCUAUGUUCUUUAUUUCCUUUCAGUGAACUUCCUUUAACUUUGGAUGAGCUAAAAUUCUUCGACUUCCGUUCAGUCCUUCAAAAAGGAGAGUUAAGUGGGAGAGGAUCCAGGGAAAACCAACAACAACCACCACCACCACCGCGUAUAAAACCCAGUGGCAAAAACGGUUUGACCUCCAGGUGCCUUCAGAGAGUAGACACUAAGAGCGGGAGGUGACACUGAGAAUCAAAGCGGAAAGAGCCAUAUCUCUCCAGUGCGGGAUAAGCAUAGUCGGGGGUGGGGGGGGGGGGGAGAGAGAAAAACGAGGCUGCCUCGCCAGGGAAGAAACCAUCCGGGAGAUGCCCCGUCCCAGCAGGCGAUGAGGCGGAGCCGGCAGAGACCUUCCCGGGAGGCUCCUCCUCUUCACGGAAGGUUGGUGGUGGAAAGAUUAAAAUCCCAGCCCGCGAGGGGUCUCGCGGCCGCCCUCCACGGAGGAACGAGCGGCUAGCCGACCGGCGCCCCUCGGGAGGGGAGGAAAAUGGCGUUAAGCCGCCGGGAGCAUCGGACGACAGGCACCGACGGAAGGAAGGGGGACCGAGAAGACUUACGAGGCCGGGAAGGAGGUGAGGUAGGCUGAGAGAGAGGUGACUGGCCCAAAGUUGCCCAGCUGGCUUUUUUGCUGAGGCAACUGCUUGGGGCGGACGGUGAUACACCGGCGCAGCAACCGUCCGCACACACACACGGACCCGUUAGAAGGAGCCUUUCAGAGGCGCGAGGCUGGUCUCUACACAUGACGUCAGUAAGCACGAGCUAAGCAACCCAAGAACCAGAACCGAGCAAGAGAUGUUCUUAGCUGAUCCACCAUCUACCUGCCUUUCCCCUACAGUGUAUUAUAUGAUUUGUGAAGCCGGAUUUGAGAGGAAAUCAAGCUGUGCUCUCAAUAGUUUUAUAUGCGACACUGGUGAAAUAAAUUGGGAAUUCAUCACAAAACAUGUACAAUAUGGAGAGCAAGACUCAACAUUGGAUUAUAUCAAGAGUGUGAGAUCUUUAGGUCCUUUAUGUGAAUCUAUUCAUUUGCAUUUGAAAUCACUUACAGUGGAGCAAUUUGAAAACCAGUUUGUGGUAUGGCUUCAAUGGACAAACUGCCCAGAGAUAUUUCUGGAAAUGUUCGAUACCAUAAAGAAUCCACAUGGUGCAGCAGUUGCACUCAGUUUAAUGAAGCUUACAUCAUGUUUGGAAAGAGCCUUGGGUGAUGUAUUCUUACUAAUUGGGAAAAAUUGUCCUUUUCUUCUAAGAGAUUUGCUUGCAUCUCAGGAACUUGUUUCUAUCUUUGGGCAACCAGUGAUGGAUGUUCUGAAGGUGUUCAUUGGGUCUCCAGAUAGUCUAAAUCUUCGUAAUAUUUUGUGGCACGGAUUUGUGUCAGCUAAAGAGAUUCCUGUCAAAUAUUUCUCCAUGCUACUUUUUUUAACAGCUGGAUUGGGGCAACUGCUUAAUACUUACUGCCUUCAGACUCACACUGUUUUAAUUCAUCGACCCUAUGUAUCUUUUACUCACUUGAAAGAGCUACAUAUAUUUCCAGAUCUGAAUCAAGAACUCUUGUCAUUGGCUGAAGAAUUAGUAACAAAAUCCAAUAUUAUACUAAAGACUAUGAUACCUUUUUGGAUUGCUGCAAUAACUUCAUUCCAGCAGGCAAGGUAUGCAGAUUGUGUCAUUUUGCUACUUCCUCAGCUGGAAGGUGGGCUUAGAGUACUCUUCACAGCAGUUAAUAAAUGUCCAAGCAGACUAAUGACAGCUGAGUCAUCUUCUCUGUAUACCACUUUUGAUGAAAUGCUAACAAAACAGCUGAAUAAUGAAGAAAUAAAUCAGCUCCCCAUAGUCCUUGGUGAACCAGCAAUGGAAUUUCUUUGGGAUUUUUUGAACCAUCAAGAAGGCCCACGUGUUAGAGACCAUCUGAGCCAUGGAGAAAUCAACUUAAAUGGCUUCCCAAGAGAAAUAGCAAAUUCCAUGCUUUCGUUUUCUAUUACACUCCUCUGCAGAUUUUCAUCGGAUGACUUUUCUUUCAUUAAGGAACACGAAUCCUUAAAACCAUUAAUGACCUGUGCAAAUAGUUACUGUACCAAGUUUCAUCCAAUAACUCAGCUUAAGAAACAGAUACUGAACUGCAUAAAAAGUGUCACCUCUUGGCCAGAUUUUCCUAUGGGGUCUGAAGAGCAAGAAAUUUCAGGGUCAGGAAAAGAUACUGCCCCCUGUAUUUUUAUGAUCAGUGAUAUUUUGUCUCAACUGCAGCGCUAUUUGUCCGUGAAUGUUACACUAUUAGGCGAUCCUGUAAACAAUCUGCUAACUGAGAAGUUGCUGACCGAACUUUGUGGCAGGCACAUUCAUACUCUUUUCUCUCCACGAAUUAUCCUGGAAACCAUUGUGGUGCUUCGCCAGAUAAGCACCCAUUGCCAUCAUGUGUCACGUCAAGUCAUUUCAGUUUGUGAAACCAGAUAUGAACAGUGGAUAAAUAAGUCACUGAGGUCGCGCCAACGACUUAACUUUCUACGCAUGAGAAAAAGUAUCAAAUUUCUGUCCCCAGUUUUGCAACUAGUUUUAAUCUUGAUUACCAUGGAGCUAGCGAACAUUCAUAUGAUUUGCAGAAAAAAUACUUUUGAAUGUCAACAGUACUUAAAGUUUCUCAAACUGAUUUUGCAGUAUGUUGAGAACUUGGUGACUUACACAAGUCCAGAAAAAAAUAAAUGGGAUGAAACCAUAGUGCUUACACAUAAAUCAUUGAUAAAAAUCAGAACCUUUCUAGAAAAGGAAUUGAUGCUUGUACAGUUGGCUGAAACAAAGAAAGUAGUUAGUCCUCAUCACAAUUCUAUAGGCUUAACCUAAACAGGCAGUUAUCCUUUCUCCCCAAUUCAUACAGAUCAACAUUUGCAAAAACUAUGUGCAUAUGUCCUUCAAAGCAGUGAUGUGUGAUUGUGAGUAUGAAAGAGAUUUUCUGAGCAAAAAAAUAAAAUUUAUGGCAAAGCCACUGUUAUCUGUUGUGGAUGGGUGUAUUGGUUGAUGGGUUGAUUGAUGGAUCGAUGGAUAAAGGAAUAUCACAUUGAUAUUAUUGCUGCUAUUAAAUAUAAUUUUAUUUUUUUUACUAAAGUAUAUUAAAUACAGCAGUAUAGAAAUGUUUUAGUAAAAUAUACUGAUUUGUAACUUAUUUUUUAAAUUUUCUCUGAUUAAGGUGAAUAAACUACAGUCCUUCGGGAGAAGGGCGGUAUAGAAAUCAAAUAAAUAAUAAAUAAAUAAAUAAAUAAACUGGGAGACAUGAGUUAUAAUUAUAGAUUGAAAAUGUUAUUGCCUACUCAUGAACUCAUUCUGAAUUCAAAUUAAUAUUUAAUUAUCAUUAUAUUAUAUAAUUGUCAUUUAUAUCAUAUCUAAAUUAUGUUUUGACUAGUGAGAAUUGUACUAUGCAUGUGCAUAGAACAUAGUACACCUCACAAUUCUUUUACACCAGUCUUUGGAAUUCCUUUCCUGACUAGUGCCUCUUGCACAGCCUUCUUUUAUGGCUGCAUUGCUUAGUGAUGGAAAUUCUGGUCUCAAUUGCCCUUGUAAGUUGAGGACUAGCUGUACUGCAUUAAAAACAAAAAAGCCUACAGUAGCAUGUCAGUUAACUUCUUACCAGGAAACUAAACACAAGGUGGCAGUGUAGGACAACAUGUACUCCCUUUAUGGACAACAUAAAGGAAAAUAAAAAGCACAAGAGUAAAAAGUUAGAAACCAUAUUACCUUCAUUGGACUCAGGGAAAAUGUAGCUUUCUAAAUAAGGGAAUAUUAAAAGAGCAGAACUAAACAUUCUUCAGUCAAAUGCAUUCUUCCUAGUCUUAAAUAUGCUGGGAAUCCAUCAUUCAAAUAAUGCAAACUCUUUCUCUGCCAAAAACCAUAUCAUUCCCAUUACUCAUUCCAUCAACCCUCAAAACUGGUUGCAGUAACUUUUUCUCCCCCCUUCAUUUUUUCCCCCUGGUUUAGAAAAUAUACC